AUGCCGUCUCGAACUCUUUUGCCCUUGGAACCGUCACCAGUCCUCCUCGAAGACUAUCCAUGUUUGCCGUGCCCGCCACGCUCCGAAUCAUUCGCUCCUGGAUACGAGAUCACCACCCACGUCUUUCCGUCCGCGUAUCCUCGAUGUCCGUCUAGCCCGUGGACACCACCGCCUUUUGUACAAGAUUCUCCCACCGGCAGUAAGGAGUGGGCCAGACAAACAACAGAAUCUCUCGCUAGCAAGAAGGAGGCCCAGGAAGCAGGUCGCGAUGCGAGACCUGCCAAUCGAAACAUCAUCUGGACUGUAGCGAAUCGCGUCGCCAAAAUGUCAACCCCCGACGCAGACACCGAUAACCGGCCCCGAUUGACGCUCAUCUUUCUCCACGGCAUUGGUACGCACAAAGAGACUUGGGAGUCGACCAUCAAGUCAUUGCUUUAUCAUCUAGACUCUUCGUCCUGCGGCAUAAAUGUUGAAGAGUUAUGGAUGCUGGAUUGCGUACAGCAUGGAGAUGCUGGACUCUUGAACGAGGGUUUGUUGGGCGACACAUUUGACUGUGCUGAUUACUCUCGAGACCUCAUGAACUUUGUGCUGGCUUUCCUCCCUGACACCUCUCCGUGUUUGCGACAGAAGAGAUAUCCUACCAACCUUCCACGACUUGCAGACGCGGAGGUGCAGCGCAGAAAGACGCAGGGUCUUCAACUCCGAACGUUGGUUGGUGUGGGACACUCUAUGGGUGUUUGUGCUUUUAUCCAUCCGUCGAUCCUCCAUCCCUGCUUAUUUUCCUCCUUGAUUCUUAUUGAGUCCGUCACCACCCCACUGUCCAUAAAGCAUCUUGAUAUGCAUCGCAAGAACGAAGAGAUCUGUCUCCGGCGACGUUGGAUAUGGGAGUCAAGGGACGAAGCGGUCUCCAGCAUAAAGCAGAGCGCGUACUACAGACCGUGGCAUGUCGGCGUCCUUGAGAAUUACAUCCGGUAUGUCAUCACGGAGACCGCUGAAGGCCAAUAUAGACUGAAGACGCAUCCAUUCUUCGAGGCGUUGAUGCUCUUUGAGCGCUCCAUAGUCUAUGAAGCCUGGGAUCUCCUCGCUGAGCUGAACCCAGAGGUUCCGUUGCAUUGGGUAUGGGGUGGUAAGAGCAGAAGAGGUGGAGGCAGAGAGAUGCAGGCACAAACGUCUCACAGGCAUCCCGGCAAAAAUACUACCGUAUGGUUCGAGGACGUGGAUCAUCUGCUCCCCCAGGAAGCGCCACACGAGUUAGCGGACGCUCUCUACCAAUUCCUUCUCCAAUCACACUCUACACCACCGAAGAGUAGAUUGUUCAGCCCGAACGAGUAUGUCGUCGAACAGGGACAUAUAGAUAUCACGACGCACAUAGCGUGGUGGUUUCGCAACUUUACCUCCUUCGACAGAGUCUGCCGUUCGCAGCACCCCAUCCGCCUCCUCUGGACCAUCUAUUGGCCUUUCCCAAGCCAAUGGCCUCUCCCACCAAGACUCUCCGUUGCCCAGAUUCGUCGCAACCCAGCCUUGGUCUACGAACGACGUGCCCUGAUGCGCACGUUACUCUACACGCCCCGGUGGGUCGCGCGUGAUACGCCACUUAACUCCCUCUACCGUAUCUACGAGGUCGCCUGCGUGGGCGACAUGAACGGCCUCAUGCUCGAGUCGCAGUACUUUUGGCACUUGCGCCCCGAGUGGGCAGUAAAAGACAUCCCGGACCCUCACGAUCCGGACCCUGUUCGGUACGCUGUUCUGGCUGGGGUGGCGGAGAGUUUGGCGGAGAGCAUCAACUAUAGGUUGGAUCUGGGUUUGACGCGUACUGGAAACCCGGAUCACCCUGAGUUUCGACCGGCGACAGAGGAGGAGAAGGUCUCACUGAAGGAAUAUCAACCUGACUGGGCCAUUCAUGCGCCACCCUGUUCUAGGCGUGUUUUGAUUGGGUGUGAUGAUAGUGUAGAGGAUGACGGCACGAGCUGGGGUUAUGCUGCGUUCACCAAGCGGAAUAUCGUGGCCGAUGUGUCCGGAAUGUAUAAUCUCUGGUACGGCUCUCAAUUCAUCAGCUUAGUUUCCUGCUGGUUAGAUGCUGGACUGAAUUUCCCUUUGCAUGUAGAAAAUCUCCCCGAGUGGCUCUCCGUGCAAGGUCAUACCUCGUCCUGA